CCUGUUUCCAGGAAGUGAGUGGUUCUGUGUCGUGUGAACGUGAUUGUGCUGUUGUGAUUGCAACUCCUUAGCGAGUAAAGAAAAUUGUGAAAUAUCUUUGCUGUGAAAAGAUUUGUAUAUUUUAAAUCACAUAAUGAGUGAAGACGAGGAGAGAUUUGAUGGCAUGCUGUUGGCCAUGGCACAGCAGCAUGAAGGUGGUGUGCAAGAGCUGGUUAAUACAUUCUUCAGUUUUCUGAGACGCAAGACAGAUUUUUUUACUGGUGGGGAUUCUGGUGCAGCUGAGAAGUUAGUCAAAGAAGUCUUUUCUCACCACAACAGUUUGGCUCAAAAAGCACAAAAAGAUAAAGCAGCUAAACUGGAAAGAGAGGCACGUGAAAAGGCUGAAAGAGCAGCCAUACUUGCUGCUGAAAAGAGCAGUAAGCAUGAUAAAGAAGAACCAAGAAUAAAAGAGCUGACAGAUGAAGAAGCAGAGAGAUUACAAUCAGAGAUUGAAAAGAAGAAGAAAACAGAAAAUAGUACUGCUAGCACAGAAGAUAGAACCAGUGAAGUUGAUAAUAAAGGGUCUGAUUCAGAAGGUGAGGAAGAUGAAAAAGAUAAAGGAAAAAUGAAACCAAACUCAGGAAAUGGUGCUGAUUUACCAAAUUACAGAUGGACACAAACCCUUUCUGAAGUUGACAUCGUUAUUCCAUUUGAUGUGCGGUUCAGACUGAAAGGUAAAGACGUGGUGGUUGACUUCCAGAGGCGACACUUAAAAGUGGGUUUAAAGGGACACCCUCCAGUAAUUGACUGUGACAUGUACAACGAUGUGAAAGUAGAAGAAAGCUCAUGGCUUAUUGAAGAUGGCAAGGCUAUUACAAUACAUUUAGAAAAGAUAAAUAAAAUGGAAUGGUGGAGUAAGCUGGUAGCCACUGACCCAGAGCUCAACACCAAGAAGAUUUGUCCAGAAAAUUCUAAGUUAUCUGAUUUAGAUGGAGAAACCCGAAGCAUGGUAGAAAAAAUGAUGUAUGAUCAGAGGCAGAAAUCUAUGGGUUUACCCACUUCAGAUGAACAGAAGAAACAAGAUAUUCUUAAAAAGUUUAUGGAACAACAUCCAGAAAUGGAUUUCUCUAAAGCAAAGUUCAGCUAAAAUAGAAACUAGCAACCAUUUUGAAGGUGUGACAACAGUCAAGUAACGAAAAUGAAAAUGGUUUAUAUGGAUGAAACACAAACUUUUUGUCUUCGUUUUGAUCUGGAGGGAAUGUGUGACAUUUUAUAUUGGUUAUCUACAGAUCAAAAGGGUUUGCCUGUUUGUGUUCAUUUUUAUGCUGGUCUUAUUUUGAGCACUACCAUGGCCUGUACACAUCUUGUAAGUAUGAGCUGUGCGAUGGGUAGAAACUUAAAUAAAUUCCCAAUUACUUUGUGUAUGCCUAGUAGAAUGAACACUGCCCCAGUUUAACUCUCUGAAGUGCUGUUACCAAUAUUUGACCAAGUCAAUAAAUUUUGUCAUCUUUAGUUUGUUGCAUAUUG